AUGUGGUUCAAAAACACAGAAAUGGAUGAGGACUGUCUCACCCUGAACGUCUGGAAACCAACCGUUGCCAAAAAUCUGUCCGUAAUGGUUUGGAUUCAUGGCGGCGGGGUCAACAGUGGGUCGGCAAACUUUGACGAAUACGACGGCAGAUUCCUUGCUGGCAGGGAGCAGGUUGUUGUGGUGUCAAUGCAGUACAGAGUCGGCCCUCUGGGAUUCCUCUGUCUUAAAAAGGCAAUGCGAAAUAAAACACACAUGGGCAACAAUAUACCUUUGGCGGCAUGCAAAACGGGCCUGGAGGAUCAACGGAUGGCGCUGGAGUGGGUGCGUGAUCACAUAUCGGCAUUCGGAGGUGAUCCCAACAAGGCGACGCUCUUCGGCGAGUCCGCGGGCAAUGCAAGUGUCAGUCUACAUUACCUUUCAAAUGGGUCCAGACCCCUCUUCCCCCAAAUGAUUAUGCAAAGUGCCAGUGCGUUCAACCGAUGGGCACUCAUUACACCAGCAGAGGCCCAUGAACGAAGCGAGGUGUUCUCCAAAAGCCUUGGAUGCUUCAACAUGUCACAAGCGGAGCAGGUGAAAUGCCUUCAAAUGGUUACUCCAGAGGCACUCAUAAAAAAUGUCACAGCGGUGUACACUGCCAGAGCAAAGCGACGUGCAGCUCGUUUGGGCAAACUGUUUGGUGGCUGCAACAUGUCAGAUUACGAAACGUCUGCGAUAUACGCCUCGUUUGAAUUUGCCCCGACCUUGUCGAACUCACGCUAUGAAAUCUUUCGUCUGUUCACGGGAAAAUUCACGAGUGAACAGAAUCUUAAACACCCCUUCACAACAGUUAUGGCCACUGCAUACGGACUCAGUAGUCAGGGACUUCGUCAGCUGACCAACAGCUCUACUGGAUUGGAGAUCGGCGACUUCAAAACACACGAUCCGGAGAAGUUUAUGCGUCAGCUGGAUGCCAUUGCCGGUGACAUUGGGUUCACCUGUGGAACGCAGAAAUUUGCGCAAUACAUUUCAUAUUCCGAUGUGUUCAGUUAUGUGUUUACGCACAAAACGAAAAAUAACGGUUUUCCUCAGUGGACAGGCACUUUGCACGGCUAUGAAAUCGACUACGUCUUUGGGAUGCCCUUUUCUGGUUUAUUCCAGAAUAACUUCUACCGAUACACUUAUGAGGAGGAACAACUGAGCAAGAUUGUUAUGAUAUACUGGGCAAAUUUUGCCAAACAUGUGUAA